AUGAAAUUAUCUCUUGAUUUUCCUCUGCUGGUCAUGAUCAUCUUUGUAUCUCAGGAAGAAAAUUCUCUUCUUUCACUAAAUGUACCUGCUUCUCCUGGCUACUAUCAAGAUGGGGAUUUCAUUAUUGGUGGACUCUUUUCCCUAAGAGUGACUGAUGAUAACACCAGAUUUGGAUUUAAAGAUAAUGUCUAUAUACAAGAAAAUGUUUAUAUGGAUCUAACUAAGCAUUAUCAGCACCUGCUGGCCAUGGUUUUUGCAAUAGAGAAACUCAACAAGGACCUGAAUAUAUUGUUCAAUAUGUCUCUGGGAUUCCAUCUCUUCAAUGUUGACUUUAUUGAGACGAAGGCAGUGAAGAGUUCCAUGUCUUUGCUUUCAGGAAAGAGUCCUCCAAUUCCUAAUUAUGACUGUAGAUCUGAGAAGAGAAACAAGUUGGUGGCUGUUGUUGGAGGUGUUUCAACACAAAUAACAGCUCAGAGUUCUCAGGUACUCAGUCUCUACAAUGUACCCCAGAUCAGCUAUGGUCCAUUUGACUACAGCCUCAGGGACAGAGUCCAUUUCCAGUCUCUCUACCAAUUUCCCAUGAACCCUACAGCUCUAUAUCAGGGAUUUAUUCAACUAAUGAUGCACUUUGGUUGGAUCUGGGUUGGCCUUGUGGUUCCAGAUGACAUCAGGGGAGAAAUGUUCCUUAGGGACAUGACACAAGAAAUGAUCAACAGUGGACUCUGUGUUGCAUUUGCAGAAAGAAUUCCAGAGUUUCCUGCCACGGAUACUAUUAAUAACCAAAUUUUUGUGGAAAGAUUUACAUUUUCAAAUGUCACUGUAGUUUUUGGAGACACAUAUUCUCUUCUGAGAUUUGUGUAUAAAAUCUUUUGCAAUAUUAUAUUUGGUAAUGUCUGGGUCACAACUUCUUAUUGGGAUAUAACUAUAUCACCAUUUGGACAAAAGCUAAGUUAUACAUAUUUUGGUGGAGGAUUAUCAUUUUCAGUACACAUGGAUGAGAUUCCUGGUUUUGAGGGUUUUCUCAAAAAUGUUCAGCCUGCAAAAUAUCCCCAGGACAUCUUUAUCCAGGAUGUGUGGUCUAUACUAUUUGAAUGUCCAUAUUUGGAUCAACAUGGAAUCAGGGAAUUGAGUAAAUGUGAACAAAAUGGCACCCUGGAAACUCGAGGUCUGCAUGUUUGGGAUAUGAAUACAUCACCCCAGAGUUACAAUGUCUAUGGCGCUGUGCAUGUCAUUGCCAAGGCACUUCAUGAAGAACUGUCACUCAGAUUGGAAGAAGAAUCACUUGACAGUGGUGCAAGUGUGGCUCCUCAUCCAUGGCAGCUCCAUGAAUUUCUGCAAAAAUGCCAACUUGAAAGAAGUUUUGUUAAGAAGAAAAUUGUGAAUGAAAAUAUUUCAACAACCAAGCUUGACAUCUUCAAUUAUCAGUCAUUGCUGAAUGGAACUAAGGCCCAUGUAAAAGUUGGAGAGUUUGUUUUUGAAUCAAACAGUGUUCAGCACCUUUCCUUAAAUGAUAAGCUGAUAACAUGGGGUGAACACUUCAAUGAGACUCCCUCAGCUGUUUGCAGUCAAAGUUGUCCACCUGGAUUCAGGAAAACAGCUCUUGAAGGAAAACCAUUUUGUUGUUUUGACUGUAUUCCCUGUCCAGAUGGGGAGAUUGCCAAUGAAACAAAUAUGGACCAAUGUAUCAAGUGUCCUGAGGACGAAUAUCCAAACAGGCAGAAGAAUGAGUGUCUCCCCAAAAUCAUGAUGUUUUUGUCCUAUGAAGACCCUCUAGGAACUGUUUUGGUCUCCAUGGCCCUUGGUCUCUCUGUCCUCACUGCUUUGAUUUUAGGACUAUUUAUCCAAUAUCGAGACACACCCAUCGUCAGAGCAAAUAACAGAAACCUCAGUUACCUCCUCCUUGUUGCCUUAAUGCUCUGCUUCUUUUGCUCCUUGGUGUUUAUUGGUCGGCCCAGCCCAGUCACCUGUAUCCUGAGACAAACAUUCUUUGGAGUUGUUUUUUCUGUAGCUGUUUCUGCUAUUUUGGCAAAGACCUUCAUUGUGGUUGUGGCCUUCAAAACUGUCACCCCACGGAGCAAAUUUCAAAUGUGGAUGGUGACCCGAUUCUCCAAUGCCAUAGGAACAAGUUCCUUCAAUGAGACAAAGAAAUUAAUUUUCAGAUGA